AUGGGUCCUGAGUUGGUUCCCGAGACUGAAUAUAAGAUUCGACUGGUUAGGGAUCGACUAAAGACUUCUUCUGACAAACAAAAGUCUUAUGCUGAUCUGAAGAGACAUGAGAUUGAAUAUUCUGUGGGGAACUUAGUGUUUCUGAAGGUCUCGCCAUGGAAGAAGCUACCUCCAGAGUUAGACUGUAUUCACGAUAUGUUCUAUGUUUCAAUGUUGAGGUGUUACCGCUCUAAUCCCAAGUAUAUUGUUCCUGUUGAGGAGAUUGAGGUUAGGUCAGACUUGACCUUCAAGGAGCAGCCGGUACAGAUUCUAAAUCGCGACAUUAAGGUUCUACGGAGAAAAUCUAUUCCACUGGUUAAGGUUCUAUGGCAUAAUCAUGGCACUGAGGAGGUUAUGCGGAAGCCUAAGGAUACAAUCCGUUAG